GCGGCCAUGAGCGGCCCUCAGCCGGGGUUCCUCGCAACCUACAACAGCCUGACAGACAAACACCUGGCUGGAUAUUUCAGCAAUGCUCGGAUAAGGAGGCAUCUUCAGAGAUCAGGACUGAUCUCAAAAAGUGGAAGAAUAAUACCAGAGAAAGAAUACCGCCGGAAUGCUCUGAGGAGGGAUCACCAGAGAUACGUUCAGGAGUGCCUGGCGCGGGCCGUAUUUCUGAAGGUCCUUGACAUGGAGAGACGUAGGCACACGGUGACCACACAACACACCCUGUGUCAUCAUCAGCUGGAAGUAAGAAGGAAACUUGAAAGUUCUGUAAGGAAGGAGAGGGUGCAGAAAACCAGGAUGGAGCGACCCAGAAGACCAGUGGAAGAUGCUAACCCUGUGCACUCCCCACACCCACCGCUUGGCUCCAGAAAUCCUUACGGACGCCAUCCUUUAAUGGCUGGAGAACCAGCUGCUCGUUCACAAUUGAGGGCUCCUGGGCCUACAGUUGAUUAUAGAGGUGGACAUCCUUCUGAUCAACAAAGAUCCAAGGAGUUGGCCUUUUUAAAGGCAGCUUCUUCCCAUCGACCAAAUACAGCUCCAGGAAAUAUGCAAUACCCACUUCGACUUCAGCCGCUCCACAGCUGCGCUGCAGCAGGGGCUGUUCCAAGGAGUUCAGGCUCUAAACAAAAGUGCCGCACACUUGAAAAUUACCAGCAGUUUGCUAGUGGGAGAGAGAGAAGUGGGUUAAGACUUAUGAACUCAAUGGAAUAUGCGUCUGGGAAAUCCCCAUACCGACUCCCUGUCAUUAACAACUAUCUGAUACCAGUGCCACCUCCUACCCUGCAAAAAGGAGACAGGAGUGUAAAGGCAGUGAGAAAUGGGACUUCCAGAAGGAGACAAUUUCGUCCCACCACUGCACCAAAUGGCUUAGAGCAACUUGUAGCCAAGAAUUCUGGAGAACUCCCUAAGCCCUCAUUACACAGCAAUGCAUUUGUUACCAUGAUCUUUCUGGGAAAAAGUGUGCAUUUGUCUCACGAUGAUUCUGAUUAUAGAGAUGAAAUCAAAAUCUAUCAGCAGCAUUGUGGAGGAGAAAACCUUUGUGUCUACAAAGGCAAGCUGUUGGAAGGAGAGACAUUUCAGUUCGUCUCCAAGAGGCACCGUGGUUUCCCAUUCAGUCUCACCUUUUUUCUCAAUGGAAUGCAAGUGGACAGGUUGAGCUCUUGCUGUGAGUACAGACAUCAGAAGCGUUCCAGGCUUGGAGGCAGACAUGGAUACUUUGGAUUUCUCAAUGUGGAGGGAGCAUCUCCUUGCUAUAGAUGCAUUAUUGCGAUGGGUCUGGACAAAAAGCCGUCCCCUCCCAAGAGGGAGAUGGAGGAGGACUGUGGGGGAAAGCAAGUGGGUUCCUGGAAAGAUGGAGUUCACAGUGAGCCAAGUGGUAGCAGCACUGAUCAGAAAUCAAGCAAAGAAUCGGUGCUAGUCAUCUUACCAAGUCACAAAGCAGAUGUGGAAACCGUUGAGGACAAAAUGGAGACUGGACAGGAUUACCAAAGAGAAGAAGGGACGAAACUACCCAAUUGUGAGACUGAAGAUAGUCAGGAAGAUACUGGUAAAAAUGAGUAUGAUGAAGAUUUUGAAGCAGAUGAAGUUAAUGAAGAAGGACAGACUGGUGAUCAAAGGAAUGGAAUGUCAAAGUCAUCCCCAGAUGAUGAAAAACAUAAUUUAGACUAUGAAGAGGAGAGUAAAGACGCGUCACAGAAGGCACUGCAGGUCUCUGACAGUGAGAAAGAUGAGAGUGAUGGGCGUUCUGACAGUACCUCAGAGAAUGGCAAACGAGAUGGGAGCUCUGCACCCUCUCUGUCAUCCAGCAGCACUCAGUAUAGCAGUGAAGAUGAGUCUGAUACUGAGAAGAUGAAGGAAAAUGUUAAAGGCAAAGAGGAGCGUGAUAUCAAAGAAGCAUCUGAUAACACAGCAUGUGCACAAUAUGGAAAUGAGAGUGGGGAAAAUAAACUGUUCAGAACAGAGGACAGUCAGAAAACUUUCUCUUUGGAAGAGGAAGGAAUGGAUGAAGCAGAAACGACAACAACAGAAGCUCUGACAUCAAGGGAAAAUACUGAAGCUUUUCAUGAAAACAUACUGGAGAUACAGCAUCAAAGUCCUGAUGUUACUGGGGAAAUGAAACAGGCUGGGUCAGUGGAAAGUAGCAUAAGAGGAGAAGAAGAGAAGAAAGCAAACAACAGAAGGGACAGUGGAGAGAAAAAUGUUUCAGUGCCUUUGGAAAAAAAUAUGAUGGAAGUGGAGGAUGGAAAUGAAGAGUCUCCUCAGAGUGAUGAAGGAGGUGUUUCUGAAGAUGAUAGAUCAGCACAGGAGGAGAUAACAGAGGCAAUGGGAAAUGACCAUCAGGUGAAUUUUGACCAUGAAUGUAGUGAUUCUCGUGCGGAUGAGGAAGUAGAGAAUGCAACGAGUGGAGAGAGUGAUCCCAGUGAAGUUUGCGUGACCGGCCAGCUCCAGCAGCCACGUGUAACUGAUGUGCUCUCAGCAGUUACAGUGACCCUGGCAGCAGCUGGUGGAGCUGUCCUGGCAGACACAACAGGAGCACCCGGCAUGCAGUCAGAAGCAGUAGAAGUGGCACAUAUGGGGAAAGACUGUGGGGAAGAUGGAGAGCAUGCUGGCACUGACUGUGCUGGGCACACAGCAGCAGGGGCAGGAGAGCUGCAGCCUGAGGGAGAGGAAGCAGCCGUAGCCCCUGAGAGGCGUUUGCUUGUGGAUGAGUUGGCACCUGCCAGGGGGGCAAUGACAGAAGGUGAUGCUGAGGAGAGGGAACCAGGGAAGGGGACAGAGCCAGGUGCAGAGGUUGAGGAUCAGGAUGCUCCCACAGGUGCAGGGGAGAAUAUGGGGCCAUGGAGGGACCCAGCAGGUGAGGGAGAGGAGCAGGUGGGCAUGGGGGCACUGUUGGGUGUGGGAGGGGCCAGGGGGAUCACUGGAGGAGAGAAGGCUGUGGAUGAGGCCUCUGAGGAGCAGAGGGUGGUGGGAACAGCAGUGCCUGUUUUGGGGGGGAUGAUGCCUGAGGGACGGGGAGCUGCAGGGGAUGGAGACCUGGCAGAAGGGACUCCUGAGGUGGGUGAACUUGCAGCAGUGUGGGCCACAGAAAAAGCUGCUUUUGAAGGGCAGAAGACUGUGGAAGAAGCUGGGGCUCUCCCAGGAACAUCAGAGAAUACAGAAUUUUGCACUGGAAAGGAAGAGAUCCUAAAGCCAAAUGAGUUUUCUCAGCUGCAAGUCUCAGAGGAAGAGCAGGUGGAAAUGGAUGCCCUUGGGACAGCAACAUUUGAGCCUGACAGACCUCCAGAGGAGGAAAGCAGCUCUCAAUCAAGGGCAGAGGACAUGGAGGAGCCCAAGGACUCAGGCAGAGACCCUGCAUUACACACAGUACCUGGGCGAGAAGUUGGGGAGGAUGCUGGAAGGGACUCUGCCAAUAGAGGGUCAACUCCAUUGGAGCAGACAGCAACAGCAGGGGAUGAGGAAGGCUCAGCAAUAGUGCUUCUGAGUGGAAGCCUCCCUUUGGGCAGUGCUGCAAAGACAGACAGAGCAAUGGAAGAAAAAUCUGACGGGGUGGUGAUGGGAGUGUCUGGAGAGAGAGCCAGAGCUGAGUCAGAAGAUGAAGAGGUGAGGGGGGGAGCAGCAGGGCCACAAGAGCAGGUGGCCAUGGGGCAGGGACUGCUGGAGUGUGGUACAGGUGGGGAGCAGGCAGUGCUGGGAGAGGGGAGGCCUCCAGGCCAGGGCGUGAUGGGGUGCGAGGCCCUGGAGGCAGCACAGGGAGCCCAGGGCAGAGGCUGCCUGGGACUGUGGGGGCAGCAGCCUGCAGUGCCUGCAUCGGGGGCAGCACCAGAGGACACAGUGCCAGCAGGAGUGCAGAUUGAAGGGAAGCUGCCGGAGCUGGGCCUUGGAGAAAGUACCCAGAGGAAAGAGAUGGAGGCUGUGUUGGAAGGAACUGUGGGCUGCUCUGAUGUGCAGGAACAGAGGAUUGGGAGUCCUGAACAAGGGAGCAUGGCAACAGUGAGGAUGUAAAUCUGGAAGCUGUUGUCAUACCCCAGGACAAGGAAGAAACUAUCCUCUGAGCCUUUUCUUCAGUCCCUCAGUGCUCCUUCCCACAGCGUUCACACCGACCAUUGAUUUGUGCCCUGUGGAUGUUCUGUAUUACUCACAGUACCUUGGCCAUCGCUCACACACCACGGCAGCUCUGCAGUGUGUAAGUCCAUAACUACCAGCACUGUCCUGCAGUUGCCACUCUUGGAUUCUCUGAGGCACGGAGCAGUAUUGCACUGAGUGUCCCCUCCUGCCUGCCCCCUGAGCUACUGCAGGCCGAUGGAUGUGUGUUUGACAGUACAUGUGCUUGGCUUUA